AUGGCCACCACCAUCUGCCCCACGUGCUCCUGCACGGAGAUCGACGUGGUGGAUGUGAGCGGUGAGGCCGUGUGUGUGAGCUGUGGUACCAUUCUCGAAGAGAACAACAUCGUAUCGUCUGUCGAGUUUCAGGAGUCUGGCGGCGGCGCACACUCGGUCGUGGGGCAGUUUGUGUCGGCCACAGCGUCCAAAGCGUAUGGCAACAUCGGAACCAGUGGACGUAACUACGGAAUCGAGUCGCGUGCAAACACUUUAGCCAACGGAAAGAAGAAAAUCCGCCAGAUUGCAGGAAUGUUGCGCCUGGGCGACCACUACGUGGACUCGGCCUUCCGCCUGUUCGCGCUGGCACUGCAGCGUAACUUCACACAUGGCCGCAAGACGCAGACGGUUAUUGCUGCCUGUCUCUACAUCGUCUGCAGGAGAGAGCGCUCGCCGCACUUGCUCAUCGACUUUUCGGACAAGUUGCAGAUCAAUGUCUACGUACUGGGCGGCGUCUUCCUCAAGUUCUGCAAGCUGCUACAGAUCCACUUGCCGCUCAUUGACCCGUCGCUCUACAUCCACCGCUUCGCUUCGCAGCUGAACUUUGCAGGCAAAACCCAUAGCAUCGCCACUACAGCGCUACGUCUUGUGGCCACCAUGAAACGCGAUUGGAUUGAAACAGGUCGUCGUCCGUCGGGUAUCUGCGGUGCAGCGUUACUUAUUGCAGCGCGCUCUCAGUCGGUCAUGUGCAGUCUACACGAUGUUAUGGACGUCGUGAACAUCGGAGAACGCACACUGAAGCAACGACUGUACGAGUUCUCGCUCACCCCGACGGCGCAGCUGACGUACGACCAAGUGGGCAAACUCGAGAUGUCUCGUGUAGAGUGUGACCCGCCUAGUUUCCAGCGUCACCGUGAGAAGGAAGUCAUGGAAAUGCUGUUGCUUGAAUCGGAGAAAUUGCCACUGGAACAGAAGGGACAGAAGCGACUAGCGAGAGGGAGGAGAGACUCCGAUGAGGAGAGUGACGAAGAUGACGAAAGUGGUGGCGCAUUGGCUAAGGGUAUGCUGAACAAGAAAGCGCAGCGCUUGAAAGACGAGGAGAUGUCUCGUUUCUUGAGUGGUGAUGCGUACUACAAGAAGAAACAGGCAGAGGCGCUACUUGGUAGUAAUGGCACGAUUAUUGUGAACCGCGCUAGUCGCUUGGCAGCACAGGAAGUUCUGCUUCGUGUGCGCAAGAAAUCGGCUCGCUACAUUAUGCGCAAACGCGAAGAGGCAAGCUUCUACAAGACAAUCGAGCGAGACCUUACCAUGGCGCUCGAGGAGGAUACAUCCGCGCGAGCUAAACGAAGCGGAGGAAACAAACAGGAAGAUGAAAUCAACGGUGACACAGAACACAGCACUAGCCCUACAACUUCAGCAGACGACGAAGCCGUUUCCACGGUAAUAAGAAGACGAAGGUCACGUGACCUAGCUGAUAGUACUGUGGACACGUUCUCGGACUUGGAUGAUGAUGAAAUCAACUCGUUACUACUGACACGAGAGGAGGCCGAGAAGAAGAAGUUGCUGUGGGAGAAGAUGAACAAGGAUUAUAUCCAAGAACAGGAACAAAAACGGCUACUUGGCUUGUCAGCGCCCGAUGCCCCGAAGAAGAAGCGAAGGAAGAAAACUCCGGACGUGAACGCGCCACCCCCAGAUACGGCGCAGCACGCAAUCUAUAAAUUAAAGAGCCGACGAAUCAACUACGAAGUCAUCGAUGAACUCUUUGGUGAGGCGGCAAGCAACGGGUUCUAG